AUGGCCAUUAAGGACAAAAGACCAGCAAUAUCUUAUGAUGAAUCAAUGAAAUCAGAGACGGUAUCCAUGGAACCUAAAAUAAUAAAACCUCUUGAUGAACCUCUAGUAACACCUCAGCAGUCAAGCCAAUCCUCUGAACAAGCAGCAAGGGAUUUUGAAACCAUGCUAACCGCUAAGUCUAAAGUUGAUGUACACGACAAAGAGGAAUAUGCCACAUUUUUUCUAUGGUAUUUUGCAGGGGAUGAAGAAUUUUACCGCACACAUCAAACCUUUUUGUCCCAAGAUGCAAUGUAUCUUGUUGUAACAAAACUCAAUGAAGCAGAUGAUUCUAAUGCACAAGCUUUAUUCCGACUCUGGAUUGACUCAAUACAUUGCUACAGUAGACUGGAAGAGGGAAAUAUCAUAUCGGAUUACAGGACGACAAAGUCAGGUAAUCUGGAUCCACCAAUAGUUAUUGCUGCUACAUGGACAGAUGCUGUAUAUGCCGCAGAAGCUGGAACGGUACGUUGCGUUGUCGAAGGCAGCAUGCGAGCAUUUUCAAAUGUAGCUGAAGAGUCAACUAGAACAGGAAGUUUGACUGGGAUGAUAUUAAAAAAAGAUGAUGAUGUUGUUGAUUAA